AUGAGCACGCAGAGCAACGCGUUUGCGGCGUUGCAGCCAGAGCGUAAGAAAAAGACGGUCGAGCCACCACAAAACAAAAUGUUUGCAAAUUAUCUGAACAAUCCGUCCACAUCGGCAUGGGGCGACGAUAGUGAUGAUGAGAUGCACGUAACAGCUGCUCCCGUAGAAGAAACUGCAGCUGAAGAAGACGAAAGUGAGAGUGAGAGUGAGAGUGACGAGGAAGAAGAGGAAGAUGAAGAGGAGGAAGAAGCACCGAAAGAAGUGAUUGCUGUGGCUCCGAAGAAAACAAUAGUAGCGCGUACUCUCUCAAAGAAGGAGAAGAAAGAACUGGAGAUGAAGGAAUUUGAGGAUGCACUUGCCGAACUUGGCGUCAAGACCACGAAUGCUGUGAAGAAAGAGGAUACAAAUGAAAAAGUGAAGAUUGAGACAGUUGCAGCCUCCGGCUCAUCGGACAAGAAGAAGAAAAAGAAAGGCAAGAAGCCUGUAAAGACCGAGCCUGAGACCACUAGCAAUGAAGUGGUGGAUAUCAAAGCAGUUGUGAAGGCAAAAAGCAAGAAAAAAAGAGCGGUUGAGCCUGCUGCAGUGCGAAUUGCACGUGAGGAAAAAGCCAAAGCAAAGGUCAAGGGCAAGAAAGACAAGAGCACCUUCGCUUUACUAACCACGAAGAAUGUAUCAAUUAAAUUACGAGAACUGACGGUUGAGAUUAUGCCAUUCGAACAAUUUUUCUUGAAGAUUUCGUUGUACAUGUAUAGAAGUGCACGACAUAUAAGAAACUUGAGUGCGAAACACCUAUGGGUUGACACUGUCUUCGAGCGGCCUUCAUCGAGGGCAAAGACUGAGGCUGAACUCAAUACUUUAACCCAAAAAAACCAAGCUCCCUUGGCCCGGUAG